GUGAGCGGGGCCGCUGCCCACCUGUAGGCGCAUCGCAAAGCUGAGCUUGCGCAGCGGAGCACGCCGACAAGCAUGCGGGAGGACGAAGGGGUCGUGGGUGGGUCAGCCGGUGGCCUCGCCUCCGUAGGGUCGCCGAUAGUGGAGGCCGGCCCGAAGGCGGAGGCGGCGAAGCUGCUGCCUUUCCUGGCGCUCGGGGCGCGGGCUGACCUGCAGGCGGCGGCGGCGCAGCAUGUGCUGGCGCUGACCGGCUCGGGGCCCGGUCGCACGCUGCUGGCCGGCCAGGCGGCACUGCUGCGGGCUCUGGUCGAGCUGGCGGUGGCCCCUCCUCCCGCCCCGGCCCGAGACGCCGCUCGCGCGCUAGUCAAUUUGGCCGCCGACCCUGGUCUACACGAGCCGCUGCUGGCGGCCGAGCCCGGACUACCUGCCCGCCUGCUGGGCUGCGCUUUGGACCCACAGUGGCCCUGGGCCGAGGAGGCGGCCGCCGUGCUGGCUAACCUCAGCCGCGAGCCGAUGCCAUGUACUGCGCUGAUGGCGGCGCUGGCGGCCGCUGAGCCCGGGGAGUCGGGCCUGGAGCGGCUGGUGCUCGCGCUGUGCACUCCCGGCUACAACGCCCGCGCGCCCCUGCACUACUUGGGGCCGAUGCUCUCCAACCUCAGCCAGCGUCCUGCGACGCGCGCUUUCCUGCUGAAUCACGACAGGUGCGUGGUCCAGCGGCUGCUGCCCCUUACCCAAUACCCGGACUCCUCGGUGCGCAGGGGCGGGGUGGUGGGGACACUGCGAAACUGCUGCUUCGAGCACCGACACCAUGAGUGGUUGCUUGGGCCUGAGGUGGACAUUCUCCCCUACUUGCUACUGCCCCUGGCUGGGCCUGAGGACUUCUCCGAGGAGGAGAUGGAGCGGCUGCCCGUUGACCUGCAAUACCUGCCACAAGACAAGCAGCGAGAUCCUGAUGCCGACAUCCGCAAGAUGCUCAUUGAGGCCAUCAUGCUGCUGACGGCCACGGCACCUGGUCGGAAGCAGGUGAGGGACCAGGGAGCCUACUUGAUCCUGCGCGAGCUGCACAACUGGGAGCCAGAGCCCGAUGUGCGGGUGACUUGUGAGAAACUCAUCCAGGUCCUCAUUGGGGAUGAGCCAGAGCAUGGCAUGGAAAACCUGCUGGAGGUGCAAGUACCUGAGGAUAUUGAGCGACAGCUGCAGCAGCAGGACCGCCAGGAGCAGAGCAGCGCGAGCGGUGCGGCAGCAGCUGGAGCUAUGGCCCCAGAGAUGCGCGCAGAGGGAGCUGCACCCACCUGAGGCCCGCGAAGCCUGCCGCCAGCCCUGGGCCCACCUCUGCUCGCCAUCUGUCCAGGCCUCCCAGACCGGGUCUGUGUGCAGCCGCCCGCAGGCCUCUGGGUCCCCUGGCUCUGAGGGUGUGCCUUGCUGAGAAGCAGAGCUGUUCUUAAGCUCCAGGUCUUUGCUGAGGGUUGAGGGUGCCUCCCUGUGCCCUGUUGGCUCCAGCAAGAAGGCUGGUUGCUCAGAGGAGGACUGUUCAGCCAGAGCUGGCCCAACCCUGUGACUUGCUCAGGUAUCUCCACGGGGCUGGCCAGCAGGGCCGGACCGAAAAACACUGCAAGCCCGAGGGGCUAGCUGGAGCUUCCCAGUCCCAACGGUGCUACGGGGGUCUGGGCAUAGGGGGGCACCCAGGUGCUUGCAGUGCCCCUUGGUACCAGUCCCACCCCAGGCCCCUCCAUCCUGGGGCCCUGCCUGAGACCCAGCCUCAAAGGGCUCACCUGUUGAGGUUUUCACCAGCCACAGCCUGUCGUGGGGUCUAGCCAGGGCUGCACUCCUGUGGCCUGUCCUCGGAGCACUUGCUGGGCGUUGCCUCCCCUUCAUGCUCCCCACCUUUCCACUUGACCUGUGCCCAAACCUGCCCUCCGCUCUUUGCAAGCUCCUCCAGUCCUAUUUCCCAGUCCUGGACUGAGCUGAUGCCCUUGCUCUCCCCCGCUAGCUAGGCCCUCUCGCUGGUCAGCUUGCCUGAGCCUCAGCUCCCCAGAGCCCCUCGCCUGCCGAGCUGAGAGUGCCUGAUGUGCCUGCAGCCUUGCCCUGGGCUCGUCUUUCCCCUGACCACCCUCCAAAGCUGGAGACCGUCCCCUGGCGCACCCAUCAAGGCUGGCUUCUUCAUGGGUGCCGGGUGCCUCCCUCCUCUGCGGUCCCCUCUCUCUUCCCUCCCUCCCCCCAGAUAAGUGAAAGCUCUGGCCUGGAGGUGUGUGGACUGUUUUCCAGAUGUCCCAAGGCCCGCGGCCCUCUUCCCGCGUUGAGAAGUCCACACCGUUGGCUCCACAGAAUAAACGCUCUGUUUGGCCUUGC